AUGUGUGUGGUUGAGCCAAGUCAGUGGCAGGCUGAGAGGAGGCCGAGAAGUGGACUGGAGGAAGCAGGAUUAAUCGAAGACACGCUGAGGAAUGAAAGUGCCAAUGCGAUUGAGAAACAUUUGGAACAGCAGAGAAGUCCUCGAGGCGUAGGCGAUCUUCAAAUUCGUUGGUUCCUAAAGAGCUGCAAGGCCUUCAAGCAGGCCGGGGGUGCCGACUUCGAAGCCGCCAAGGUGCGACGUGCCGUCAAAGCCGCGGCCCAACGCGUCAAGGUGGUUGUGAUCGUGCAAGGCCCUUCAUCCUCACUUUGUGAGGCUCACAAGAAUCCCCGUGCGAAGAAGAAGGUGACUUCAAGAUCCGAACUUUUGGCAUGUCUCUUCAAUGCGUUGGGCGGCUACGUGACGAACUAUUUGAGUAGCAACCAACUAUUGAGAAUGGCUUGGCUGCUGGGGUUCGAAGGUGGUGAAGCAGAGUGGGACAAAGAGUACGCCGUUCUUUGCCGGUCCUACAACUGGAAUGCAACCCUUGGUGCAAGUCGCCGUCAAUUUGCAGAGCUGCUGGCUGAUGAAGACAGUGACGCUUACAGCAACGACAUGGAGCUGGCCACGAUGCUGUCGAACCUCCGUGUUCCAGCUCCAAAACAGCUGCCACGCGACGACCUGGUCAAGGAGUUCUUCAUUUGGGCUGACAUCAACAGAAAUGGCAGGUUGGGCCGUGGCGAGCUGCUGCGUUUUGCCAAGCACCUGGGGUUUCAAGGCACCUCCAAAGACUGGGACAAGGAGUACGAAUACAUGGCUCGCCGCUACCACUGGGGCACCUUUUUCAGCGGCUUCCGCGAUAGCCGCGAUGGCUGCGACCUGGGGCAGUUCUCGCGGAUGCUGGCGGAUCCUGAGGGCUUGUGCUUCUGCGACGAGGGAGCGCUGCAGGUGGAGCUGGCGGAGUUGGAGAUGGCCACAGGGCGACCCUACUUCUCUCGAAUGCUGAGUCAAGAGGCGUUACGCGUGUUGGAAGCGGAUCAAAAACAGCGCCACAAAAGUGCUUUGAUGAUCCAAGAGCUUUGGCGUGGCCGUCUUCGCGCAAGAGCGCUCCUCAAAAAUCUCCGCGAAAAGCUGCUCAACAAGAAGGAGCUCAAGAAGCUCAUCCAGGCAGAGGAUGAGUUGAAGGUUCGCAUGGCCAAAGCUGCUGCACGAAUCUGGAAAUGGUGGAAACCCUUUGCGCUCAGAAGGAGAUGGCUGACGGCCAUCGCUGGAGUGCGAGCGGCCAAGAAAGCCAGGGAGCGACAAAUGAAAGAAACCCAGCGGAAGGAGGACCACGAGCUGAAAGCCAAAAGGCUCAAAGAGCUCAGCGAUUUGCAGGAUAAAGAAACUCGCAAGGAACACGCCCAGAUCCGCGCCAACUUGUUGGCUCCGGAUGAAACUCAUCGGAUGAAGGUGAAGUGCCAGCAGGAGAAGAAGAGGGAGAUGACGGAGAGCCGACAAAAAGCCAUUCAGCUUCAGGAGAUGUUGAGAAUCGAGAUGGAUCGAGAUGGUGGAUGCUGUCCCCUGGCCGUCGCCAUGUCGAGCCGUUCCGGUUCCGCGCCGUUCCGCGGCCUGCUGCGGGCGAAGUGCUCCGUGGAGGAGGCGACGCUGCGACAGCAGCAGCGGCUGCUGGAUCCACUGGAGAUGCGUCGAGGCUGCGAUCUGCGACAUCCGGAGGUGGAUUUCUCCUUAGCCACCAAGAAGUACCAGCGAAGCUCCGCUGGGAAAACCUUCGAGCCCAGUGAGGUGAGAAGUCCUGAGACCUGCUUAGACACCUGGCGAGUUGAAACCAUGACUUUUCUGAUGGAUAUUGUUUUGGAGGCGGAUCUUCAUAGUGAAACCUUUGCGAUCACACCUUCGUUCAUGCAGAUCUACAGCUACUUGCACGACCGUUGCCGUGCGGUCCGAGUGGAUUUGCACCUUCAACAGCCAUGGAGUUCUCAGACAGCGGCCUUUGUGACAUGCCACGAGUAUUGCCUUCGAUUCGAAAUUUUCGCCCGUUUUCUCUUCGCCAAAGAUGCCAAGAAUGGCAAGGGCUAUGAUGAGCACUUGGGAUUGCAAGCGAUCUCCCAGACCAUCGAUCCGUUGCUUUGCGCCUACCGCGAUGCCCGUGUCAAAGGCCAGGCCUUUGAGACGGAACCGGAGAUACAGCGCCUGGUGAUCCUGCUGCUCCUGGCCACUUCUCCAGAGAAGUUGCCAUCGCAUCUGGCAGCGAUGGAUGGAGAGCUGUUGCGGGAUCCACUGAUUCUGGGAGCAGUCAAUGCAUGCGCUGACUUCCUCAGUGAUGACUACGCUCGCUUCCUGCGAUAUGUGGCCAGUGAAAGCCACCUCGUCGCAUGUGUUUUGGCCGACGUGGCGGCUUUGGCGAGGCUCCGAUUGCUCUGGCUUCGUGCACGGGCGUAUCCCAAGGCUGUGGGUGAUCGAUGGCAACUUCAGCCUUUGGCCAAACUCCUGUCGUGUGACAUGGAAGUUCUACAGUCGCUGCUGACCACCUAUGAUGUGGAUCUGGAUGAUGAGCGAUUUGAGGCUGUGCUGCCUCGAAAAGAUGCUUGGGCAAAGCAUCCGCUGUGCUGUGACUUGCCACAGUUGCCACGAGAGAUUCGCAUCCGUGAAGAUCGUGAAGGGAAGGAGAAGUACAAACGCACUGCCAGCAGCAAAUUUGUGGAAGGACGCAAACCGAAAGAGUGGAAGCAAAUUUGUUUACCUUGGUCGGACACAUGGGAAGAGUCUGCUGCUGGCAUCAUCCGGAAGGAAGGCAUCUCUAUAGCAAUGGAAAGCGAUCGCUUCGAGGUUUUGAACCGCAAGGGCAUCCCAUUUUCGAUGCGGGACAAACGUCUUCAAGCAGCCUCGGGUCGACGCUUGGUGCUGCAAGCGGACUUUCCGAUGCUUCUGAAUAUCAAGGUGUGGACCAUUGCCGAGCUUCAACGUCGACUGCGCGAGCCGGACAAGGAGCUGUGCCAGUCGCAGGCAGCCAUCCAGAAGCAGAUCGAGCAGUUGGAACGCGGACGGCCAGGGAAGCUGUUGGAACCGCACGAGAAGUUGAAGUUGGAACGCUUGAGACAAGAGGAGGCAGAAUUGAAGGUUCGAUCUCAAGAGUCACGAGCGGUGCUGGAAGGGAUCCUGCGAAGCCGAGCCACGGUGAUGGUGCAGGCCGUUGUGCGUGGCUGUGGUGCUCGACGGAGGCAGAGGCACCGACGAGAGGCGGCCAAGGUCCUCCAGCGUGGUUGGAGAGGCUAUUUGAGCCGAGUGAGACUGGAGAACCUCAAGGCUUUGGCUCGACAACGGGUAAAACAAGUGAAGCAUGUGCGCAAUGCCGAGUCCUUGUUUGAGGCUGUGAAGGACCUUCAGGAAGCGAUCGCCAUCCGUGUGGUCAAAGACAAGGACUUCAAUCCCUUCAUCUUUCGCCAUGCAGUGUCGCAGCAGAGUUUGCUCCACGCGGCGGCGCAGGAAGGGCUUCACGUCUUGUGCCACGAGCUCUUGAGCGCGGCGAAGCAGCGAGGUAUGGACAGCUUUGUUGUUGCCAGAGACUGGCGUGGCUGGACCGCUCUGCACACGGCUGCCAAGAGUGGCCAGGUGGAGUGUUGCAAAGAACUCCUGACGGCAGAAGAGCUAACAGAGCCACCAGGCUCUUUGGGACGCAAUGGGCAGAGCGCUUUGCACGUCGCGGCGUUGCAAGGACAUACUGAGGUGGUCAAGGUUCUCCUGGCUGUGCAGAGCUUUGAGGAGGAGGUGGACCGUCGCGACAGGUGGGGUCGCACAGCAUUGCACCUGGCGGUGGAGCAAAACCACUUCACCGCGGCGGUGAGCCUGGCGGAGCAUGUGUCCUUCAACAGCUUUGACGCCAAAAGCGCCUGGGGACAAUCAGCACUGGACCUCGCGGUGUCGGAGAUGAAGGAAGCCUUGCAAGCUGCCCACCAGAGGCGUCUUGAGAUGGGAAUGGCACGUCGGAAUUGGAUUGGGGGCAUAGUUUUCCAACAUUGGAUUGGCACUUUUUAA